AAGAGGAAGGAAUGUGUAUUCUCACCGCAUUACAUCCUCCUGCUUCCUGGAUGUGAAAUUCCCAGUUGCGAGACUAUUUAGUGCAAGCAGCCCGAGGGUGGUGCAGAUAGAUUCAUCAUGUCUUCUGGAGGUCUUCUUCUCCUGCUGGGACUCCUCACCCUCUGGGCAGAGCUGACCCCCGUCUCUGGCCAGGACCGUCCAAGGUUUUGUCAUCUUCCUCCUAACCCCGGACCAUGUAGAGCAACAAUCACUCGCUUUUACUACAACUCGGAUUCAAAACAAUGUGAAAAGUUUACUUAUGGUGGAUGCCAUGGCAAUGCCAACAAUUUUGAGACCAAAGAUAAAUGUCAUUACACCUGUGUUGAAAGGCCUGGGGUGUGUCCCAAACCCGAUCCAGACGUUUUCACCAUUUGUCUCGUGAGAUGUGAAAGUGACUGGAAAUGUCCUGGGAAGCAGAAGUGCUGCAAUUACGCAUGCCUGGUUGAUUGCAUGGAUCCUGUCUAAGGUAACUCCUGUAUGUUGCCACUUAAUUUACUUAGA